AUGUCGCGCGAUCGAGCGAUCCGUCUGCGAUCCACGACGGCGCGCGAGGACGUCGGUUGGCGACGGUCGCGCAGCGACUAACUUAACGUACGACAAGCCUCGUCGUGCGAGAGCCACGAUCAACGUACCCAAUGUGUCAUCCUGAUAUGCGAUCGUCCGAGGUGCACAGCCAUCGCGUCGCGUCGCGCGAAACAAUGGACUCCGUUUAACCGUCGGCCGGUCGACGGUGUAAACCCCCCCUUGAGAAAAUCCGCGUACCGGAGCGCGUUCGACGACGAGGAACGACGCGCGGCUACGAGCGAGAACGAGAGAGCUCCGAUCUUCGGAGAAUCCGCUAGCUGGGCUAGCCGCGGAAAAAUCGCCGCAGCAGGGGGCCUCUCCGAGUGGGCAGGUACGAAGGAUGUCCGGCGAGACGGAGAUCGAGGUGUCGGUCGUAUCGGAGGAGGACCUCGAACUCGAGGGCUCUAGAAGUAGUUCCACGCCGGCGGAACUGCUGCUGCAAGAGAAGAACGGCAAGUCCGGCUGCGGUCUGAGCAAUCACCACCAUCCGUUCAGCUUCGACACGGUGAGCAAGCCGGCGCUCAGGCCGGCCUGCAAUCCUCAAUACACGUCCUUCAGCAUCUCCAGUAUCCUCGGCAGGCCGGAGUCGCCGCCCGUUGACUCGACGACUUCUACGGGAUCCGGUGAGAGGCAAUCGUCGGACGUCGACAGGACGUCGCCGCUGCCGUCGGCCAACUCACAGAACUCGCAGAGGAUUCCGCCGUCCUGUGGCAGUCCCGGAAGAGCCUCUUCCUCGCCUACGUCUCUGAGGUUGUCCGGCGGUCAGCGCGGCGUGUCCACUGGUCACACCGUGCUGGAGCCCAGAGCGAAUUCCGCCGGUAUCGGUAUCGGAUGUGCUACCAGUGCUACCAGUCCGACCGCGACCUUCUCGCCGCCCGGAGACGCAUCUGCCAAUCCGCUACUGGGACACCAAGCGUCGGCCGAUCUCGCGAUGCUUUCAAGAUUGAUAGCAAGCCGAUACCCGGUCGGCAUCGGCGGCUUGUUCUACCCGUCGACACUGCAACAUCUUCAUCAACAGCAACAGCAGCAUCAACAUCAUUCGCGGCUGGCCGCCGCCGCAUCGUCCGCCCUCAGCAAUGCCGUACAGGUCGCCGGUCAAUCGCCGGAUAUCGUUGACGCCGACGGCAUUCGCGGUGUCCUACUCGGCGGCGCCGGCUGGCCGUUUCCAUGGAGGCCGACGCACGGCCUGCAGACGCUCGAGCAUCCGUCGCCGAGCGAUGUGGUCGGCACCCUCAGCCGCGUCAGUCCCGCGUCCGCGUCUUUCCCGCAGCGAGACGAGCUGGAUGACGACAAUGGCGAUGAUCGCCUGCAUCGCGCGAGGAGUCCGUCGAGCGGCGACGAUGCGCACGACGAUCUCGGCGAUGCGGACGACUGUGCGGACGCCGACGGCGAAGGCGAAUCCACCUCGACGAGUGUUCACGGAAAUUCGGUGAGCGGCGGCGGUAGUGGCGGCGGCAACGGCAACAGCAACGGUCAGAACAACGUCCAAGUCGGCGUGGACGGUCGCGAGUCGAACAGCAUAAAGCGCAAGAAGAAGACCAGGACGGUGUUCUCCAGGUCGCAGGUUUUCCAGCUGGAGAGCACGUUCGAUAUGAAGCGCUACCUCUCGUCGUCGGAGCGCGCCGGCCUCGCAGCCUCGCUCAGGCUUACGGAGACCCAAGUGAAGAUCUGGUUUCAAAAUCGACGGAACAAAUGGAAGCGACAGCUGGCCGCCGAGUUGGAGGCGGCGAACAUGGCGCACGCCACCCAGAGGCUGGUCAGGGUGCCGAUCUUGUAUCACGAAGCGUCGGCCGGCACCGGCGCUUCCGGCGGUGUGUCCGUAUCGGUGACGGCGCCGGGUCCGCCACCGCCGUCGUCAGUCGGCGGGACCUCCGCCCUGUCGCAUUCGGUUGGCGUCGGCGUCGGCGUCGGUGUGGGCGUCGGCGUCGGCGUCGGCACCUCGUGCGCGCCCACCACGGCGCAGCCCAUCUUCUACUCCCAUCACCAUCAGCACCACCAUCACCACCCGGCGGCGGCCCACGUGCAGGCGCACAGUCUACUAUCCCACCAGGUGCACCCGCAACCGCCGCCCCCGCCGCCGCCGCCGCCCAACGGCCAACCACCGCGGACGUCCUCGCAAUAA